CGUGGCUUAAAGGGGGCGUGGCUCAGUGAGGGGCGGUCUCCCGUUGGCGCGGCCCCGCCGCCAUUUUGGGCUCGGCGGCUGCGCUCCGGGCCGGGCCUUGAGGCGGCGGCGGUGUCACGGAGCGGCCUGAGGAGCUUUGGAGAUGGACGCCGGAGCCCGGCCGGGCGGAGCGGGGCAGCCCCGGGAGUAUAAACUGGUGAUGUUGGGAGCCGGCGGCGUCGGGAAGAGCGCCAUGACGAUGCAGUUCAUCAGUCACCGCUUUCCCGAGGAUCACGACCCGACCAUCGAGGAUGCCUAUAAGAUACGGAUACGCAUCGACGACGAACCUGCCAACCUGGAUAUAUUGGAUACAGCGGGACAGGCAGAGUUCACGGCCAUGAGGGACCAAUACAUGAGGGCUGGAGAGGGGUUUAUCAUCUGCUACUCCAUCACAGAUCGACGCAGCUUCCACGAAGUGCGUGAGUUCAAGCAGCUCAUUUAUCGUGUCCGACGCACCGACGACACCCCCGUGGUUCUGGUGGGGAACAAAUCGGACCUGACGCAGCUGAGGCAGGUCUCCAAAGAAGAAGGUUCUGCAUUGGCACGAGAAUUCAACUGUCCUUUCUUUGAGACUUCGGCUGCGUAUCGUUACUACAUCGACGACGUGUUCCAUGCUCUGGUGAGAGAAAUCCGCAGGAAAGAGAAAGAAGCAGUGAUGGCAAUGGAGAAAAAAUCCAAACCUAAAAGCAGCGUUUGGAAAAGAUUGAAAUCCCCGUUCAGGAGGAAGAAGGAUUCGGUCACUUGAAGAGAACGAACUCCUCUGUAAGAGAAAACAUGGGAGCAGCCACUCGUAACCAAAGCGGUUGAAUGACAACAUUUCAGCAGUAGGUUUAAAGACUGAUGGGACUUGUGUGAGGGGGAGCAUCACUCUUAGCCAUUCUUUUUUGCUUCAAAUGAUAUUCUCUCUUAGUUCUGGAUAUUUAACUCGAGACACGGUAACAAUUUGACUUCUGUUUGUUGUCAUUUUUAGACCGGAUUCUCCAAAUACUGCUUGUAUGUUGGUUACAGAUGCUGGUAGGUUUCUGACGCUGCACUUUUUGGUCGCUGCAUUGAGUUGUUUUAAGAGGUAAAAAAAAACAAACAAGAUGCUGAAUUUCUACCCAACUUAAUUCAAUCCUGUUUCUCAGUUGUUUGCACAACAAAAUGUUGCUGCAUUCCCAUCACCAGAGGAGGAUUUUGUUGAGGUUGGAUGGCAGUGAGGGGAGAUUUGUGCUUUGUUCUCCUGGAUUUAGCAAGGAAAAAGUUCACCUGAAGAAGCACUGAGUUCUCAGUGUGUGUUGGUUGGGACCCUCAGCAAGUCAAAAACAGCCAAUUCUUGUUCCUCUGGCAGCUCUAAGUUGGCAGCAGCACGUGGAUGUGUAGCAUCGUCCCUCCAUUUAGCAUUGAUGGCGUUGUUGGAACGUUUGUGGUGAGCUGGAAGCUGCAGCUUUGGAUUUUCUGACUUGUUUGUUGAAGUCGUAGCUGCGAUGGUUGCAGUGGCGUAUUUAUUUACAUUCAGUUUUAUAUGGUUGUCUUAAAGGAGACAGUAUUAUCGAGUAGGAAUCUCUAACGUAGUCAUUUCAGAUUAAUCUGUGAUAACUGCUUUGUAAUGAAGACUGAAAGCGAGGCAUUGGGGCCAGAACUGCUAUCCUUAAUGCUGGUGAGGUUCUUCAGUGCUGCCUUAAAGUUGGGAGCAGUGAAUGGGGCAGCACUGCUGGAUAUUCCCACCCAACCAUCAGCACAUCCUCCCUCCUUGGGGAUAAUUUUCCAUGUUCUCUGCUUAUAGGAUUUAAAUCCGGAGCUGUUGUUACAGUACAAAAAGCUCAUGGAGAGAUGGAUGUCCGGGGUUGUUUAGUAAAUGAUACAGAAAAUCAGAGAUGGGUUUAAAGGCCUUGCACAGAGAACGAAGUGCCUCGAGUCUCUGUGUAAUGCUGAGAGCUUAGCAGACUGUAAGUGCGGUAUUAAUCAAGUGCUUCUCUUAAUUGUUGAUCCUCCGUGGCAGUUGCUGUUAAUCCUACUGACCAAAAGGCCUUGCAGUGCCAUCAGAACUGAAAACGAGUUGUUGGAAUGGAUGUAUAAAAAGAUCCGGAGCAAAAAAGUGAAGAUAAUGAACACACAGACCUUUAGGUUUUCUUCUUCCUACACUCCUUACUGUGUAAGAUACCACUGGAACUUCAGUGCCUGGUGCUUCUAAGGGAAUUUUCUUUGUGUAAGGUGUGUUUGUAGCCAAGCUCAGCAUUGGAAGGGAUUUCUGUGUCUCUCUUGUUUCCAGUGUAAGGCCGUGCUGGUAAUCAACACCAAUUGAAAGCAGAGAGAAUAAUGGGAAUGUCAGAGCUCUGCUCAGUUCACCAUGCCUGCAGUUGUGCUGUAUUGACUGCACUUAACCUGUGUGGAACUGCAGCUCCAUGUUGAAUUGCUCCAUGUUGGAUUCAAUGCCAUCUAAAACUGAUAGAUAAAAGCCAGGGAUGGGCAGUGGGGUUUAGGAACAGUCCUGAUUCCUUUGUGGCAAUGAUGACUUCCAAUCUCAGGCAGUGCUGGCAGCUGUGCAGGCCCAGUUCUCCCCAUCCCCUGUCUGUAAUGUCUGUGCCUUACGUGAUCCCUUCAAUGCAACAUAUAUGUUUACUAAUGCCUUCUAUGAGCCUGUUGCUUCUAGAGUUACUAAAUCAGAACGGCAGCAAGCACUUUUGUUUGGUUUUUUUUUACAGUGUUAUUCAAAAGGAAAACAAAAAAAAGAAGUUUUAUUUUUGUCAUGUAUGAAUUUGUACGCGGGAUUAUUGUUUUAUUUGACACAAUAUAGAGUUUUUAAUACCAAA